AUGUCUUCGUCUUCCGGGGAUCAGAACACAACAGGACGUAAUCUAACUGCUAUCCCAGCGUGCGAGAUGCGAUGUAUUCGACCGCAAACACAUAAUAAUCAGUCAGUGCCAUGUGAACGAUGCACACGGAACAAAAGAGUUUGUAAAAUUCCAGAAUCCCGGCCACUUGGCAGGAAGCGAGGGGCUCUAGGCCGCUAUCAUGGGGUUGAAAAGGCUUUUCGAAAUUUGCAAUCUGAACUGAAAAAAUCAAAAACCCCCCAUGUGUCGAAAGAUUGUGAAGAGAUAGGCGUCAACAUGGUUGCUACUGGAGAUCCCACCCUGGACAUCCCACUCUUCAGACAACCAAAUCAACUACCGCACCAAACCUAUGGUGCGGAAACCCGGACACCCUUCGUUCCAUGUAUGACCUCUACUCACCCUGAUGGUAAGGAUGUGGGAAGAAAUGCUCUUACAUCUGUAUUUCGUCGUGAUAAAGUACCUCAGUUCAACCGGGAGCCGACUAGCAAUCCUUUAGCGUUGCUAGCAGAUGCAUCAGAUGCAGCACAAUUUCUCGAACUGCAUCCUCAUUCCACCAAUCUCCCAGAAACUUCAACCAAGGACCCCUCCACUGCCGAACCAUUGACCAGCCUAACCAAUGGGAUCAGCCUUAGCGAUCAGCUACUUCAUCAACCAAAUCAUGUGUCAAUUGGCCUACACAAUUUAGAUAAAGAUGCACUCAAGGCAGGGAUAAAUACGCUACUUUCGCCUUUCGUCGAGCCGUCGUGCUACUCGAACUAUUUUCAAAAGUCCCCACCUUUACGAGAUGUCGGUUCAGACGUGGAUCCAGUCGACCUAGGUCUAGUGACUAUGGAAGAGGCAUAUCGUCUAUUUCCAGUGUAG